CUGGCUAGUAUCUGGCGGUGUGGUGUGUGCGGUCGGACUGUGGUUGUGUUUCAGGUCUGCUCGUGUUGAUAACGACACACUUCGCAUUUCACCGUGGAGAGAUGGGAAUUCGGAAGAAAUGGCUCUAAAACAGACUGCCCUAACGCUGCUGGCCCUGCUCGGCUCGGUGGCUGUCGGUAACGCUCUUCGUUGCAACUGCACUAACUGUGAGAAGACAGGCUAUGAGUGUGAGACAGAUGGCGCCUGCAUGGCCUCCACAUAUUACAUCCAGGGGAAGGAGCAACAUGUACGCAUCUGUAUUAACAAGGACAACCUGGUCCCCCCUGGGCAGCCGUUCUACUGUCUGAGCGCCGAGGGUCUGCUCAACACACAUUGCUGCUAUGUAGAUUACUGCAACAGUAUUGACCUGAAGGUCCCUGUUCCAACAAAAGAAUGGACAGGCCCAGGAAGCUCGUGGGGGCCGGUAGAGCUGGUGGCGGUCAUCGCGGGACCUGUGUUCCUGCUCUGUGUGCUACUGAUGGUCGGCGUGUUCCUGUUCCAGUACCACCAGAGAGCCUACAGCCACAGGCAGAGGCUGGAGGUGGAAGACCCAUCCUGUGACCAUCUGUACCUGGCCAAGGACAAGACUCUGCAGGACCUCAUCUACGACAUGUCCACCUCCGGAUCAGGCUCUGGUUUGCCCCUGUUCGUGCAGCGGACAGUGGCCAGGACUAUUGUGCUUCAGGAAAUAAUCGGGAAGGGUCGUUUUGGCGAGGUGUGGCGAGGGAAGUGGAGGGGAGGAGAUGUAGCUGUGAAGAUCUUCUCAUCCAGAGAGGAACGCUCCUGGUUCAGAGAGGCGGAGAUUUACCAGACAAUCAUGCUGCGACAUGAAAACAUACUGGGAUUCAUCGCAGCAGACAACAAAGACAAUGGCACUUGGACUCAGCUGUGGUUGGUGUCAGACUAUCAUGAGCACGGCUCUCUUUUCGACUACCUGAACCGCUACUCUGUCACCAUAGAGGGCAUGAUCAAACUGGCGCUGUCAGCUGCCAGCGGCCUGGCACACCUCCACAUGGAAAUCCUCGGCACUCAGGGUAAGCCCGGCAUCGCUCAUCGGGACCUCAAGUCUAAAAAUAUCCUGGUAAAGAAGAACGGCAUGUGUGCCAUAGCUGACCUCGGCCUGGCAGUCCGCCACGAGUCCAUCACAGACACAAUCGAUAUAGCACCUAACCAGCGCGUAGGGACUAAGAGGUAUAUGGCCCCAGAAGUCUUAGAUGAAACCAUCAACAUGAAACACUUUGAUUCCUUCAAAUGUGCUGAUAUCUAUGCACUGGGCCUCGUGUACUGGGAGAUUGCACGUCGCUGCAACACCGGAGGUAUCCACGAGGAGUACCAGCUGCCCUACUACGACCUCGUGCCAUCUGACCCCUCCAUAGAGGAGAUGAGGAAGGUGGUGUGUGACCAGAAACUGAGGCCCAACGUGCCCAACUGGUGGCAGAGCUAUGAGUCGCUUCGCGUGAUGGGGAAGAUCAUGAGGGAGUGUUGGUACGCCAACGGAGCGGCCAGACUGACGGCUCUGCGCAUCAAGAAGACUCUGUCUCAGCUCAGCGUGGAGGAGGACGUGAAGAUGUGAGCGACCCGGCGGCGACGGGCGCGCUGGAGACGCACAACCAGACCACACUCCCGUAGAAAACGAACACUAAAGACAGACUGCAAAUGAAAACCCUGCCAGUUUUAAAGCCACACUCCAAGUUGUGACAAGGCCUACCUCACCUUUUUAGCCAAAACUACUGAGAAUCCCCCCCCCCCCCCCCCCCCCCCCCGUCCUGACUCCGCCCCCUCUCUCGCCUCCCUUUCAUCCCCAGUGUCUCCUCCUUGGUCCCUCCGACCCCCUUCUCCACGGGCCACAACACUACAGCACUACCACUGUUGAUACCAUCACACUCAACUCUUAUUUGACUUUUUUUUUUUUUUUUUUCUGUUUUUUUUUUUGUUUGUUUGUUUCCCAUGGCAGGAAUUCUUACCAUUGUACACUGACGGGAUUUUUGUUUGAUUUUUUUUUUUUACCUCGGAGAUAAUCCCAUGACAGACUCCCCUUUACCAGGAGCACAUCAUGGGUUUUGAGUUGCAAAAACACUGCAUUUGACAUCAUAUUGAGUUGGCCAUGCAACAUCACAUCGUGUCGCUGUGAGUGUGUGAGAGGACGGGGCUGAAGCACUGUUUAUAGUAGUGUGUGUGUGUGUGUGUGAGAGUGGGCGGGCGGGUGGGUGUGUGACUGUACCAGGUGUCCGGACUACUAGCAUGUUAAGACGUUCUCCGGUUUAGGCUGUAGUUCAUUAGACAGACUCUGUUGUCGGACUUUCCAUUAAUAAGCAUGAACAGCCAGAUUGUGCUUUUCUUCUGAUCCCUCACUUGAAUAUCCUAUGAAAAAUGACAAAAAAAAAAAAAAAUUAGUUGCACUCAAUUGUAGCUUCUUCCUCAUCAUGCGUGAGACCCGGGUGCGACUCAGUCCUGGUGUUUUUGUUAGAAACGUGGCAGGGAAUAAUGUUAGGGAUGGUUGAUUUUUUUUUUUUUUUUUUUAAUUUAUUUGUUGAUAUUUUUUUUAUGUCAUAUUGAUGAACACUGUGAGACAAGACGAGACAAAGCCAGAGUCUUGACGUGAAAUGUAACCAUCGUAGUUCAGUCAAAGUCUUCACCACAUCUCGGAGCGUAGAUUAGGGGUCGUUACAUUCAUUAAAAAAGAAAAAAAAAAAAAAAAAAAACAUCUACGAGACACUCAGUUGAAAUACGGAUGUAGCCAUAACCCCGCUGGUGACAGGCAAUGACAUCACGCACACUGAGCAAAUAAGAGGCGUAUGAAACGGCAAUGAAAAGACUGUUUCCAAGUCAUUUUUGUGUUUUGUGUAAGGACAUUACAAUGGGUGUUUGUGUUUUUGUUUUGUUUUUUUUACUUUAGACACUACUGAUGAUGGGUACAUAUGAUUUGUAUAUAAAACAUGCAGAUUUUGUUUUCUCUCAUGCCACGAGCGCCAGUGUGACAUCUGAACAGUGAUAUUUUUUUUGUUUUGUUUUUGUUGUUGCUUGAAUGGUACUUUCAGAAAUCUGUCAUUUGCUCUGUCUGCAUGGUUUCCAACUGUGCCAGAGAGACUGUGUCAUCUGCUGGAUUUUUUUAUUUUUUACUUAAAUCCUCUCAUGGCAACUCAGCGGUACUACUGAUCCCACAUAAUUUUGCUGCAACGUCUGUUUUUUUUUUUGUUUUUUUUUGUUUUUUUAUUAUAAAUAUAUCUAUAUCUAUAUAUUAUUGUUGGAAUUGCUUGUGGAGUUCUUUUCAGGGCUCAGUAUCGCAGAUCUGCUUCUACAUCAUGUCCUCUGGGGUGAACGUGUGUUUCUCAUUGACACUGGAAUAUUUAGGAGUGACAUGUUAACCUUAUUCUGAUACUGCCGAUAGGUAUUUUUACUCAAGAAUAAAGACAACUACUGACAGUAAGUCACAUGGAUUCAGGAGGAAAAUACAUGUAUGUUUAGAUAUUUUUAAAAAAAAGUAGUUCAGAGACUACCUUAGACAUGCUGUAAAGUCAAACUGCAUGUUUUCCUUCUUCUUUGUCUGUUUGGAGACAAGGUUAUGAAAGUAUUACACUGACAUUCAUCAUCAUCGGGCUCUGCACUGUUAUGUCCACACGGGCUUUAGUUCAUAUUAGUCAUGUCACAGUCGUCAACACUUGAUUCAGAAUCCAUGUGUCAUGUUUCGUACCCAUUUUGCAUGUUGUCUCAAACACUGGGGCCUCUGCACCGAGGUCGACGCCUUCAGGCUCGUCUUUCCCUCCUACCUGUUUUCGUUUUUCGUUCAGUUUUUCUUUUUGUUCAGGUCAUCGGCUGCGUAACCCCAGAACUGUUGCUGCUACUGUUAACAUGGGUAGAACAGAGCGAAGUGGAGAAGGAGCUGGGAGGAAAAAAUAAAUAAAAUAA